UUUAACGUCAUACAUGUGGAACUGUAACGUUAUAACUUAUUUAAAUUAAUAUUUGAGUUUAAAUAUUUUUAAAUUAACUUAUAAGAUUAAUGAAGUUAUUGUGUUUGGCUUCAAAAAUUCGUCAUAUAGGAUUUGUAUGUAGUAGUGAGUUUUGUUCAAUUAAACGUGUCUGUGAAACUGCUGGUUUAGUGAAAAGUUUAUUCACAUCGACAUCUUUAAAUCAAAAGUGGGGCACGAAGAAGCAGCACAGAAACGUUAAAUUGAAAAUAUUCUUGGAAGAAAUGAUCGAUCCAAAGGUCGAAGAGGUUUUGGCCCCCUUAAGGGCCAGUGUUAAAGAACAGGGCGACUUGGUACGAAAAUUAAAAGCAGAUGGUGCACCUGCUAUUGAUGUCAAACAAGCAGUAGUAGAAUUGAAUAAUCGUAAAAAGCUUCUUGAAGAGAAAGAACUUAGUCUUUCUCCUCACAUAACUUUUGAUAGAGCAAAAAUGGAAGAUCUGCUUAAAAGGAGGUUUUUUUAUGAUCAGUCUUUUGCUAUUUAUGGUGGAAUUACUGGUCAAUUUGAUUUUGGUCCUAUGGGAUGUGCAUUUAAAGCCAAUUUGUUACAUUAUUGGAGGCAGUUUUUUGUUCUUGAAGAACAGAUGUUAGAAGUUGAUUGUUCAGCUUUGACACCAGAGCCAGUAUUGAAAGCUUCAGGUCAUGUGGAUAGAUUUGCUGAUUUAAUGACAAAAGAUGUAAAAACGGGUGAAUGCUUUCGCUUAGAUCACUUAAUCAAAUCACAUCUUGAAAAGAUUUCUGCUGAUAAAAAAACAACUGAAGGAACUAAAGCAGAAUGCAAAGACAUAAUUGUAAAGUUGGAUGGUAUGAACAAGGAAGAAAUGCAUGCAGUUAUGAAAAAGUUUGAUAUGAAAAGUCCUCUUACUGGUAAUCCAUUGACGGAACCCAUUGAAUUUAAUCUCAUGUUUGCAACUCAAAUUGGACCAUCUGGUUUAGUGAAAGGAUUCUUAAGACCAGAAACAGCCCAAGGCAUUUUUGUAAAUUUCAAAAGACUUUUAGAGUUUAAUCAGGGUCGGCUUCCUUUUGCCGCUGCACAAAUAGGUAAUGCAUUUAGAAACGAAAUUUCGCCCAGAUCUGGCCUUAUACGAGUGAGGGAGUUUACCAUGGCGGAAAUUGAGCAUUUCUGUGAUCCUAGUGAAAAAAGUCAUCCUAAGUUUGAAAAUAUUAAAGAUAUAGAAUUACUACUUUAUUCAGCAUGCAAUCAAAUGGACGGUAAAUCGGCUGAGAAGCGGAAAAUUGGCGAAGCUGUCUCUGAGGGUUUAGUUGCUAAUAAAACGUUGGGUUAUUUUAUGGUACGAAUUCAGACGUUUUUGCAUGAUUGCGGCGUUGAUCCUGCACGUCUUCGAUUUAGGCAACAUAUGGGAAAUGAAAUGGCCCAUUACGCCCAAGACUGUUGGGAUGCCGAAAUAUUAACCAGUUAUGGGUGGAUAGAAUGUGUUGGGUGUGCUGACAGGUCGGCCUUUGAUUUGACCCAACAUACAAAAGCAACAGGCAUUAGAUUGGCUGCAGAAAAGAAGUUGAAUGAACCUAAAAUAGUGGACGUGGUAGAAUCUGUACCUAAUAAAGGUGUCUUGGGAAAGAAGUUNUUAUAA